AUGUUUAAUAAACAUUUUAAUUGGAUUCCUUCUCGUUUUUUUAAAAUCCCUCUUGCCAGAUACCACCGCCGGAGCACUCUCCCCCGCUGCCUACGUCGUCGUCUCAGCACGUUGGAACAUCCACCAAGUCCCCUGCUUCGCCCGUCUCCUCUGUUGUCGAUUCCUUGGAUGAUGUUCCUCUUCACCUCACAAGAAAGCGAAAGGUCGUUACGGUCCUCCGCUGCGGUUCGGCACGCCAAUGGUGGUCCUGGAAUCGACGGCUGGGAGGAGACGAAUCCGGACGUCGGCGAGGAGUCCAGAUCCUCUGCGCCCGCCUCCCGUGCGCCCUCUGUGCCCGUCGCUACGCGACAAAAAACCCACGCGCUAAGCACGAUAAUUAGUAUGCAUUAACGAUCAGCCCGCCGAAAAAGCCCGCCGAAAAAGCCCGCUUCUCCUCUCCGCUUCUUCUCCAGCCGACGACGGAGCUCUCUUCGCUUCUCCAGCCGAAGACGGAGCUCCCUACGACCGCAGGACCUCGCGAACCCUAGCUCUCCGCCAAUUCCCUCUAUGCCCUCUACGCCCUCUGCGCCCGCUGCCCCAUGUGCCCUCUUCGCCCGGAGGUAACAAAGAUUGCAUCAUAACGAAUUAUGAAUUUUAGUUGGCCUUGAUAUUUGGGUGGCUACAUUGAUGUUUCAAUAACUUCCUUAUCAUUUCUAAUUUUGUAAAUGUCACAGAAAAAUCCUGUGCUCAACCAUGUUACUAAAAUCCUAGAUAUUGGUUUUGUAUCUAAGGACAUGCUUGAUCCUUAUGUUGGAGUAGGAAACCUCAUUAUUUCUCUGUUUAUCUUACUUGCUCAUGCAAACUGGAAUCUAAAAUUUUAAGUUGAACUAAUGGUAAAUUACUGCUUCAAAUCUUGAAUUUUUUUGCUAAUUGGCCGCAGCCCCGCGCUCUGUGAAUGAAACCUGUUGUGAUUACUGAAAGCACAGCACUUUAUAGUAUAUGGUCCAUUGUUCUGGAUCAGCUUGAAGUGCUUGCACAUUUUCAGGAUUUUUCUGUGACAUUUUUUCACAUGUUAAGUUUCCUAGAAAGUUGUUCAUUGCUAUUUGUUAAUAAUAAAACUGAUAUUACUUAAUACUGAUUGUAGAACAGAUCAGAAGUAUCCUCUGAAAGGUGUUCUUGUUAAGUCAUGGAGGGCGAAUCUACGAGUUGUCGUAGGUUGAAUUUUGAUGAGUCAAUUGAAGAGUAUUCUGAAGCAAACCAAGGCUGUGGUGAUUAUGAAGUUAAUAUAGAAGAAAGGGCUGAUGAAGGUAAUAAGAUUCAUAGUGCGUUAUAUUGAACUUUAUAUACUUCAUUUUUUUACAUAAUUUGAUUAUCUAUGUGCAUUGUUAAUUGAUUUGUUUGCAUUAAUUGAUUAAUUUUAAAGGCAAUGAAGAUGAUACAGAGAUUUUCCCCCCAUUAAGCACAGAUGAAUUGGUGCCAAAAAUUGGUAUGAAAUUUCAAACAGAAGAGGAAGCGUAUGACUUUUAUUUGAAAUAUGCUAAACAAGUUGGAUUUGGCAUACGAAGGACAAGAACCCAUAAUGAUAAUUCGGGCAGAUUAAUUGACAGGACAUUUUGUUGUAGUGCACAAGGAAAAAGGGGAAAGGACAAACGAGAUAUUUAUGUGAAGCAAAGUCGUGCUGAGACAAGAUUUGGUUGUGAUGCUAAACUGAGGAUUAGUUGUCGAAAUAAUGACAAGUUUUGUGUGGUGAACUUCAUUAAAGAGCAUAAUCAUUAUCUUUCAAGCCCAAACAAAACACAUCUCUACAGAUGUCAUAGGAACAUAUCUUCUUCUGCAGCGAUACAAAUUGAGAUGGCAAGUGAGGUGGGAAUCCCCCCAAAAGCAUCUCAUGAUCUUAUGAUGAGACAAGCAGGUGGGAGGGAGAAUUUAGGGUUUAUUCCUGAAGACUAUAAGAACUACUUGCGAUCUAAAAGAACAAGAAAUAUGAGAGUGGGGGAUACAGGAGGUGUUCUAGAAUAUUUGCAGAAAAUGCAAUGUGAUGAUCCAAAUUUUUUUAAUGCUAUUCAAGUUGAUGAAGAUGAUUUGAUCACAAACAUUUUUUGGUCUGAUGCUAAGAUGAGAGCUGAUUAUCGUAAUUUUGGAGAUGUUGUUUGUUUUGACACAACCUAUAGGAAGAACAAUGAAGGUCGUCCAAUUGCAUUGUUCGUGGGUGUUAAUCAUCAUAAGCAAUCCAUAAUUUUUGGUGCAGCUUUAUUAUAUGAUGAAACUACUUUGUCAUUUGAAUGGUUGUUUGAUACCUUCACUAAAGCUAUGUCUGAGAAAAAAUCAACAACUAUUCUUACAGAUCAAGAUGCUGCAAUGACAAAGGCUUUAGCUUCCAAAUGGCCUGAAACACAUCAUCGUUUAUGCAUUUGGCACAUUUAUCAAAAUGCCGCAAUACAUUUGAGUGGAGUUUUUUCUCAAUUCAAAGAGUUUGCUAAAGAUUUUGCCUCUUGUAUAUAUGAUUUUGAUGAAGAGGAAGACUUUCUUUCUACUUGGAACUUGAUGUUGACUAAGUAUGCACUUGAAGAUAAUGAUUGGUUGAGACGUUUGUUUAGCAUAAAGGAAAAAUGGGCGUUAGUAUAUGGAAGGCAAAUAUUUUGUGCGGAUAUGACUACAACCCAAAGAAGUGAGAGCAUGAAUAGCAUUUUGAAAAGGAUCGUCGAUAUGAAGAGUUAA